UGUUGUUUGUGUUGAUAUACUUGGUUUCGUAUUAUUUCAUGGUGGCAAUGGGGAUCAUACAUACGUGAACAAAGCCUCAAGUAACCCACACGAUACAUUGAAACUUUAAAGAGUACAAGUAGGAGAACACUUUCUUUUUUUUGGUUAAAGUCUAAGAGGUUAAUAUGAUUAUAUGAGAGUGGCCCUAAACCUAUAUCAUAUUCGUUGAUAAAUUUGAAUCUCGUUCCUAUCUACUUGUAUUACCACAAUGAAAUUUCGAACUUCUUAUUUUAGUCAACGAGACCCAAUGAUUAAGACAUUAAGUGAUUACAAAAUGAGAGAGACCACCCAACCAUCGUCUAACGUAUCUCUCGAGACAUCAAAGUCCACAGUUUGACCACGACACUUCUGACGUGUAACACCAUGUCACUAGUAUUAUGCCAUUUCACCAACCAUACCACAAGGGUUUCAAUAUCAAGUACCCAAGUGAUAUAACUUUCUCCUCUCUUUCUUAAUUAAGAUAACUUCUCUAUCUCUCUCUCGUUGGGAUAAAAAAGAAGAAGAAUAGGAAAAUGUCAGAGUGGGUUGCGGUGGUGGUGGCGACGGUGUUGUUUGUAGUGCUGAGCCCUGGAUUGUUGUUUCAGGUUCCGGGAAACAACAACUUUGUAGACUUCGGGAAGAUGGAAACCAGCGGAUACUCAAUCCUUCUCCACGCCUUCCUUUACUUCGGCCUUGUCACUGUCUUCACCGUCGUCAUCCACUUUCCGGGCACUUAAUUCUACGUAAAGCUUUUUCUUCCUAUAUAUAUAUGCUUUUACCUUUUCUAUAUUAUCAGUUUUACCAUGUUUUCCUUUUUCACGUAAUUAUUAUGCUAUUUUAAUGAUAUAUCUAAUGUAAUUCACUCAAAAGAAGAACAAAAACUUACGAUAUGAUGCAUAAAAACUUGUUUCGAAAUUUUCAGUAUAAUGACGAAAUGGAGAGUUGUUGACCAGUUAUACAUUU